GUGUCUUCGGUGCUGGCAACAAAUGGUUCCGGCCCCUGUUGUCGGUGAGGUACAAGAGGAAGCGAUGUUCUUCCUACUGCCAUGGCUCGGGCUCUUGAGGCGGCAGCUAACUCCGGUGGGAAGAAGAAUUUGUCACAACGGCGUCACCGAAGCCUAAGAGACCCGCGCCGGCCCUCUUGAGACUCCCGUCUGGGAGGUGAACGUCGGAAACGCUGAAGCUGGCGAGCCGGGGCCCCGAGUUAGGAGCCCCUCCUGCGUUGCGGAGCUCGGCUCCCCAGAGCUUUGUCCCGGCUCAGCAGAAGAGGAUGAAAAAGCGCAAGGAGCUGAACGCGCUCAUAGGCCUUGGCGGUGGAAACGGCGACCGGGGAAGCGGAAGCGGCGGAGGCGACCGGCGCAAAAAGAAGCAUCCCAGGAAAGGCUCCGCCUCGGGUCAUCGAUUGCUCCGCACUGAGUCUGCCGAGAGUAGCACCAGCAGCUCCUCUGACCCGGAUUACGGGGACAGAUUCGGGCUGCCGGGCGCCCGCGCCCGCUUUUCUAAGGGUGACUACCUGCGAUGCUGCAAACUCUGCUACCCGUUAUGUGCUUUUGUCAUCUUGGCUGCUUGUGUGGUGGCAUGUGUUGGAUUGGUAUGGAUGCAAGUUGCUCUCAAAGAAGAUCUGGAUGGAUUAAAGGAAAGAUUUAGAAUCAUGGAGUCUAAUCAAAAAACUUCAUUUCAAGAAAUUCCCAGAAUGACUGAAGAGCUCCUUAACAAAGAAAAGGAAUUGGAAAAAAUUAAGAAUGGAGAUUUGGGGAUAAACAAAAUAUGGAUAAACAUCACUGAAAUAAGCAAACAGAUAUCUUUAUUGAUGUUGGCAGUAAAUCAUCUCAAAACAAAUAUUAAAUCUGCUUCUGAUUUGAUUAAUCUUCCUGUUACAGUGGAAGAGCUUCAGAAAAGUGUUGCUACUAUAGGUAGCACAGUAACUAGUGUUCAUCAUGAUGUUGAGGCCAUGCAAGCAGCAAUUGAAGAGCAAAAGAAGACUCUAGAAACUCUCCAAAAAGAAAUAAAUGAACACAUAGAAGAUGUUAGACAAAAGCAUUUACCUACCUUUUCCUCCUCUUCUGUCCCCCAGAUAAAUGACAAGAAUAUGACGAACAGUUGUAAACAGGAUAACCAAUAUCUACAUAUCUCUAUAGAAGAGAUAAACUCUACCCUAAUGUUACAUCAGAAAUUGAAUGAUUUAAAAUUUUUCCAUCUGGAUUCAACAGUCACCAACCUAAGUUGCAAAGUUACUUCCUUAGAAAAUCACAUGUUUGUUGUGAAUAAACUGGAAAAUAGAAAGAACCUUACCUUUGGUAUGGUGAGUAACCUAACUACCUCGGUAAAUACAGAAAGUGAAUCAAGAAAUGAAAGUACUGCUGAAAAAGUAGAAAAUAUGGAGAAAAUAGAAAAUGGAGAAUCUCAGGUAUCCAAACUAAGGGAAAAGCUGCAGCUGAUUAAUGCUCUGUCAAGCAAAUCAGAUAGUGAACGAUCUGAAGCACUUAAAGUAGAAAAUUCACAGAGCAUCACAUCAGAGCCUACAAAACUUCCAAGAAUUUCUUCAAGAUCACUUGGCAAUAAUUUUGAGGGAAGUCGACAUCCAAGAAGUUUGUCCUUACCUGGAAUAUCCAACAUAGAAGAUCUUCAAAAUUUAUUCAGGACUUCUAGCCAGGGCACUAAUGACAAGCUAACCUAUGAGGACCUGGAAAAUCUGGUUGGAUCAACAGUGCAUGGUCGACAGAGUUUUCAGGAGUUUGAUGAAGAUGGAGAUGGAAGAUAUUCCAUAUCAGAACUGAAAGUAGCAUUGGGUCUAUAGUAUCUUUUCUUAUAAACACAGUAUUGAAGGACUACAGUAGCUAUGUUUUUUUAAAAAAACCAACUGAAUAAGUAAAAGCUUCUAGCACUUUUCUCAGUGAUCUGCUAGUCUUUGAAGUUAAUUUAGUGUAUCAAUUGACACCUUUUAAAUUUUCUGUUCUUUGGAAAAUAGCAAAAAGCGUUUAUAUUUUUAUCUGUUGUAACAUAAGAUAUGUUGAUCCCUGAAAGUUUUUCCAACUUUUGAGGCUCUGAUCUAGGGGUAAAUAGCUAUGCCUAAGUGUGUUUAUGCAAACAGGGCCUAUUAAUAGCAAAUACAUUAUUGCAUUGGUUUUGAUUCCCACAGAACUAGGGACAUUUUAUUGUCCUGGAUCAUGGUCCCAGGAUUGCAUUAUAUUGAAUUGAGUGGUUGUAAUGAAAAUGAUAAUUGCACCUUAUGACUACACAAAGAAUUUUAUCUCAGACUUUAUUUCCCGUAUAAGGGAAGCUCAUCUUCAAGUUAAAAUGUGUGUAUAUAUUGACAGACUUGAUUUUAUAUUUCAAAUUUGCCUUAAAUUAGCUGCACUUUAGAAUAAAAUAUAAAAACUCUGAUUUGCAGGAUGGGAUUCUUCCGUUUGUAAAUAUUUAAACUAGAAUAACAUAUACAUAUUUGGAUCUAAUUUGCAUUGAAAGUAAUCAAUUUUCCAGGUUGUAUUAAGUAAAAAUCGGCAGCAGAAAACAUUUCUUCUUCCUAGGAAUUACACUUGUAUGACACUCCUUUCCUAUAUUUGUUUGUGAAACACUGGAAAGUUUGUGCUACUUAAAGACUAACAUUGUGCCAGACUCUAAAGAAGACUUCAGUUCUUGAAAUUGAGAUAAAAAAGACAUUCUGAGAAACAGGUUGUAAGAAUAAUAAUUUCUUCUGGUUUUAAAUUGAUCACAGAUUCAUUGUUAUUUUCAAUUAUAAUAAUUUUAUGAAGAAGGAUUCCUGCUGGAAACAUUGCAAUUUGUACUUCAGUUUUUCCUAUUGUAUUGUUGAUACUUUAUUCAAUUAACUUUCCCCAGUUUAACAGAGGAUUAAAAGUGGUGUUAAUAGUUAGCAUAGUUAAUAUUAUCAGUAAUUCUGAUACUCUCAGAGAAGAAUGAGAUGAUAAGGACCAAAUUAUAUAUUACAUUAAGUACAUUUUUGCGUUUUCACUCUAUAGUUUGAUGAUUUAUUUUAAAAUUAAUUCCAAUGUGAGAUUCAAAUGGAUUAAGAUUGUGGCAUGGACCAGCUAUUUUCUCCACACUAUAAUUAAAUCUCCUGCUUCUUAAAUUUCAGUUUGAGAAAGAUUUCCACUAGGAGUACAGCAUCUUCCUAUGUACUCUGGCCUAUCAAUAUUAGUAAGCUUUUGCCUUAUUAAAAAACAGAUGUGUUUGUGAAUGUGAAGUCACUUUUGGUGAGAUGGCUUGAGCUAUCAGCUUGGAAAUUCUAGGUGUUUUAAACUGCUUUUUUUGUUAUUAAAAAAAUCAGGUGUCAGGCAAACAAAUGGUAGGAUUUUAUUUAGUAAAUCUCAGAUAAUCAUUAUUCUCUGUACAAACCAAACACAGUAAGGUUUUCUAAUGUGUCAUUUUUAUUGUAAAUCUAUUUUAAAAUGAUACGUUGAAUAGAAUGCUGUCAUAGUUGUUGGCUUUCUUUACAGCUUUUAGUUUAGCAAAUUUAAGUUCUCAGGAAUCUUCAUUGCCCAUCACAAAAUUCAGGCUUCUUGGGAAAAUAAUGGCAGUAUGGAGUAUGGAGCACUCAUAUACUAGAAUAUGAUGUAAACAGACUCCUUCCAAAAUUUAAUGAACAGUUUUUGGAAAACCAGAUUCCCUUAUCUAGAUUAUCCAGAAUGCAAAUUGUUUCCUUAAGUUUGUAUGUGAUCUACACCCAUUAAAGUUCAAAAUUCAUAUGGUAAGGUAACUAAAACCCAGUAUUCUUUCAGAUAAAAUUAGUUUUAUAUGCUUUGUGUAUAAAAACCAUUGACCAAAUAAAGCAAUAACAAUUAAAUAUAGCAGUAUUUGUAUGUGUGUAUGUAAUAUGAUUGUAUAGCAAAAUAUUGAAGGUAUUUUUAAAGGUGGCUUGUUAUGAUCCAUAUAAAAAGAAUGACUUUUAAUCUCAGUAUUAAGCUAAUUAUCAUGAGCACUUUUAGGGAUUGUUUUCAGAUACAUUUUUGUUUUAACAGAAAUCUCACUCCAAAAUUUCUGAUCUAAUUUAGAAGCUGAAGUCAUAGUCUUCAAUAUCUCAAUACUGUACCGUAAGAGAAACAUUUAUUUGAAAAUUACCCUACAUUAAAGGAAUGCUUUUAUUAGAAAAAAUGACAUAAGAUUAAUUCAUACUGUGUGUUAUAGAGGAGGAAGGAAGGUAUAAGGAACGACUUGAGCUGAUUGAUUAAGAUCCUUAGCACACCAGCAUUUCCCUAUUUCUCACAUGUGUAUGUCACCACUGAGAAAUUCAUAUUAGGCAAAUUUAUGAACAUGAAGUGGUGAAAUGUCUAAACUCUGAAGUGG